AUGAAUGUUGCGUAUGUAUCCAAAGUCGAGCCCAAGAAAGUUAAGAAAGCUUUGAAUGAUGAAAAUUGGGUGAUAGCUAUCCAAGAAGAGCUGAAUCAGUACAGACGGAAUAAUGUAUGGGAACUCACACCAAGAAGACCCGAGCUGCAAGUAAUAGGCACAAAAUGGGUAUUUCAAAACAAAAUGGAUGAUUCUGGUGAAAUAAUAAAGAACAAGGCAAAGCUAGUUGCAAAAGGCUACUCUCAGGAAGAGGGAAUCGACUAUGAUGAAACAUAUGCUCAUGUAGCCAGAUUGAAAGAAAUUAGGAUACUUCUUGUUAUUGCAUCUACUAUGAAAUUCAAAUUGUAUUAG